AUUUCGGGCGGAUCGGGUGAAAUUCAGUUUGAACGCGUCACUCGACGGAGCCGUGUCCAAGGAUUCUCUUUCUCUUUUGCCAUCCCAAGCAAAUACUUCGUUGAAGAUGUCGUACAAGGUUGAACCGCUGCCCGAUUCGUACGCCGGUCUGGGCGAGGGUCCCCACUGGGAUGUGGCCAGGCAGAGCCUGUACUACGUGGACUUGGAGGCCGGCAGCCUGCUGCGCUACGAUUACGGGCAGAACAAGGUCUACAAGGCGAAGAUCGAGGGCGAGACUUUGGCCGGAUUUGUGCUGCCGGUGGAGGGACGUCCACAGGAGUUCGCCGUGGGCUGUGGCCGCCGUGUGGUGAUCGUCAACUGGGAUGGCGUUUCCACCAGCGCCAAGGUGGUACGCACCCUGUUCGAGGUGCAGCCGCUGAUGGACAAGAACCGGCUGAACGAUGCCAAGGCUGAUCCGCGGGGUCGCUUCUUUGGCGGCACCAUGCGCUACAUUGGCGAUGAGUUCGAGUUCCGUCACGGCGAGCUGUACCGCUGGGAGGCCGGCGGCCAGACUUCGGUGAUCAAGGGCGAUGUGGGCAUCUCCAAUGGACUGGCCUGGGACGAGAAGGCCAAGAAGUUCUACUACAUCGACACCACCGACUACGAGGUGAAGUCGUACGACUACGACUUCGACACCGGCGUGGCCACCAAUCCCAAGGUGAUCUUCAACCUGCGCAAGAACAGUCCCAAGGACCAUUUGCUGCCCGAUGGACUGACCAUCGAUACCGAGGGCAAUCUCUAUGUGGCCACCUUCAAUGGCGCCACCAUCUUCAAGAUUAAUCCCAACACUGGCAAGAUCCUUUUGGAGAUCAAAUUCCCCACCAAACAAAUCACCUCCGCCGCCUUUGGUGGUCCCAACUUGGACAUCCUGUACGUGACCACCGCCGCCAAGUUCGAUCAGCCUGCUCCCGCUGGCACCACCUACAAGGUGACUGGCCUGAACGCCACCGGAUUCCCAGGCGUCAACUUGAAGGUCUAGGAGCUGCAAUCUCUAUACUUAGCCCACAGUAUAAUGUACCAAUCGAAUCCAAGUGCAAUUAUAUGUUAUACAUUUUAAACUUUUAA